AUGUCGGAAAAAGCGAAGCUCGUGAAAGCACGCGGCAGAGUCAAGGCGCAAUUGACACGCGCGCGUAAUUGGUUGAGGGUUUUCGACAUACAGAGCCAUCAAAUAGAGGAAGUAGAGGUUAGGUUAAGCGCGAUACAAUGUGCGUGGGACGAAUUUCGCAAAACGCAAGAUGCUCUCGAGGAUUUAGACGCGGAAGCCGAACAAGAUGGCGAACGCGAAUCUUUCGAGGCUGAAUAUUACGCAACGUCCGCAACGGCCAAAGCGCUUAUCUCGCAACACGGGAGAAGGCGAACAGACGCGCAAGAAACUCGAAAUCUCGACAAUUCCGGUCUCGACAACGCAAGCAAUUCCGUCAAUCGGAUAAAGUUACCAACAAUUAAUUUGCCGACGUUUGCUGGAUCCUACGACCAGUGGCCGAACUUCCGAGAUAUAUUUAAAGCGGUUAUCGACGAAAACAGUCACUUAUCCGAUAUUAAGAAACUAUACUAUCUAAAGUUGGCACUCAAGGGUGUAGCAGCGGACAUUCUGGAAUCUAUGGAGAUGUCCGCCGACAAUUAUGAGGCCGCGUGGAACAUCCUUGAAAAUCGUUUCGAGAACAAACGCGUUUUAGUUCAUCAUCACAUACAAGCGUUGGUAGAUUUUCCCGUAAUGCAAAAGGAGUCCUCCGCGGGGUUGCGUCAAUUGCUAGAUCAUACCGAGAAACACGUUCGUGCUCUAAAGAAGCUUGGCGAGCCCACGGGACAAUGGGGCACCAUUCUCGUCCAUUUAAUGACCACUAAGUUUGAUAAUAUCACAAAACGAGAAUGGGAAAACAAGGCGUCGGCCAGAGAAGUCGCGACAUAUAAGCAAUUCAUCGAUUUCACUACUGAUCGGUGCGUGAUGCUAGAGACGUUACUACUCGAUAAAUCAAAAUCCGCGAAAUUACAAAGUAAUGACCCUAAGUCCAAUUACGCGAAUAAAAAAUCAGUCGCGGCAGUAACCGCCGAGGCAAAACCAGACGAAUGUUUAGCAUGCAAUCAGGGAAAGCAUCGAUUAUAUCAUUGCGCGACUUUCCUCAAUCUAACUCCUCAGGCGAGAGGUAAAGAAGUAAAACGCUUAAAAUUGUGUUUCAAUUGUUUUAAGGGCGGUCAUAGCGUCGAAACAUGCAACUCCAGUACAUGUCGACUAUGUCACAAGAAACACAACACGUUGCUGCACAUCCCAACGAGCGUAGGUACAGAGCAUGGAAGUAAUAAUCGAACCACGACCAUCGAAUCGCAGACAUCUACGGAGGCACCAUCAACAAGCGUGGCGCAUCAUGCCGUUCGUCUCAGCGAUCGUGGGUUACUGGCUACGGCGAUUAUCAAUAUACAAGAUAACAGUGGAGGCGUUCGAGAAUGUCGCGCCUUCCUCGAUCCCGGAUCUCAAUCUAACUUUAUGACAAAAGAACUUUGCGAACGAUUAGGCCUUACACAGAGGAGGAAUCACAUGCAGAUCCGCGGCAUUGACAAAGUUCAGACAGCAACAUUCACAGAGACUCACGCUACGAUACGAUCCAAGUUUAACGCUUUCAAAGCUAAGCUCACUUUCUCGAUAUUACCCGAAAUCACAGUCAAUCUCCCCCUGUCGGAGAUCAACAAGAAGCAUUUACAGAUACCAGAGACGAUCAUUCUAGCCGAUCCAUCGUUUCACACGCCGGGGAAGAUAGACGUAUUACUAGGAAGCGCCAUAUUCUGGGAGCUACUAUGCGUCGGCCAGAUCAAAUUGGGAAAAAAUCAACCUAUCGCGCAGAAAACGAAAUUAGGUUGGAUCAUCGCCGGGCCUCUAGGCCUCGAAAGGGCGCCGGAAAGUUCAGUCGCAUCUGUCUCUAUCGUCUCCAGUACCAUUGCUAUCGAAACCCAAUUAGAGCGCUUCUGGCAAAUAGAAGAAGGCAACCGUCCUUCGGAAUUAUCAGAGAGCGACAAAAUUUGCGAAGAGGAGUUUACUCUGACGCAUAAACGCGACGCGGAAGGACGUUUCAAAGUUCGAUUGCCAUUAUGCGACAGCGUGAAUCGACUGGGAGACUCGCGAGAAAUAGCCACCAAACGGCUACGAUGCAUGGAAUGGAAAUUUGCGAAAUCCCCAGAAUUAAAGCAACAAUACACGCUCUUCAUGCAAGAAUACGAAGUAUCGAAACACAUGACCGAAGUCCCGAAUCAGGAAGAGUCUGGGAUAAUCACAUACCUGCCACAUCAGGCAGUCUUAAAACCCGAUAGUUCAACCACGAAACUCAGGGUUGUAUUUGACGCGUCGUGUCCUACAUCUUCAGGAGUGUCACUCAACAAUAUACUACGCAUUGGACCUACCAUUCAGCGAGAUCUACUCUCCAUAAUUUUGAGAUUCCGUCGACAUCAAUUUGCAAUCACAACGGACAUUAAACAGAUGUACCGACAAGUACUGGUGCAAGAAGAUCACGCACCAUUCCUGGCCAUUCGAUGCCUAUAUCAGGUCUCAAUCGAAAACCAAGACCGAUAUCCUGAAGCGAGCAGAAUCAUUCGUGAUGACUUCUACGUUGAUGAUUUGCUGUCCGGUGGCGAUGACAUAAACACGUUACGUCGACUCAAGGAUGAAUUAACCGAGAUUUUACAAUCCGCGGGAUUCUGCCUUCACAAGUGGAACACGAACGAGCCUACGAUCCUUGACGCAUCGUCAGACGUCCAAGCGUUACCAAGAUGUGACGAAAUCAAGACGUUAGGAAUUGGUUGGAACACCACUGACGAUUGUCUACAGUACCGGACGCGCGCUAUAGAGGGAGGUCAACGUGCAACAAAACGUACGGUGUUAUCCAUUAUCGCACAACUAUACGACCCAUUAGGGCUAAUGGGUCCUGUAAUCAUUCGUGCCAAGAUCAUACUUCAGCAACUUUGGCAAUCAAAAAUCGGAUGGGACGAAUCUCUUCCGUAG